AUGGAGCGCCUGAGAAUCUCCAAUCAGUCCGCUAUUACCGCGAUGAAGUGGUUCGCUUUCCUUUUACUGCUCACUCAGGCAGGAUGGGUUUCGUCCUGCAUUUUUGACAAAGUGGGGCGGUUGGAAGGCGUUACUUUUGAAAAAUUUGUGGUUAACAACAUCAACGAGUGCUUUGCUGCGUGCUACGAGGACGUGAGAUGCACGGGAAUCCAGUAUUGGAAGAACCAAAAGGACUGCCUCCUGUUAAGAGCUGGAAAUGGUCUACACUAUACUGUGGAUGAUGGCAGGGCCAUUGCCUACAGCCUUCUCCGUGACGAUGUGGAUCAGACGUGUCAAACAUUUGUGAAUGUCUGA